AUGCUACGAUGCCUUGUGGGAAAUAAUAUCAAAUCAUGGGAUUCUGUUCUUUGUGCUGCCGAGUUUGCUCACAACCAUGCCGUCAACAAAAGCACGAAAUUCAGCCCAUUUCGCAUUGUCUAUGGUCUCGUUCCUCAAGGACCACUUGAUCUUGGUGUGACACCUGAUUUUACUCGAUCGCAUGGUCUGGCCUCAGAUUUUGUUGUUGAUCUCACGCACAUUCACACGCAAGUGCAUGACAACUUACAACUGUCUGUCUCCAAGUAUAAAGAAGCUGCCGACCGUCAUCGUCGUGAUGUUCAAUUUCAAGUUAUUGAUCUUGUUUGGGCAGUUUUAACUUAA